UCUCUGUUUUCAUCACACUCGCUCUCUCAGAUUCCUUUUUUUCUCUCCUUCAGCACUUAGCACGGCGAUCAUGGCUCAUUCUCCUCUCCCUCCUCUCUCUCUCCUUCACUACUCUCCUCUCCUCUGCCUGUCUUUUUUCAUUCACACGUUCCUCCAUCAAGCGGAUGUUUCUUUCAAAUCAGCACUGCACUGGUCAAGCUGCACCCUGCUAGUUUUGGGCAAAAAAGGUUAAACUGAAAUAUUUCUUUUGACCUUUGUCUUCUCAGCACUUUCUUCAAUAGGAACCUGCUUUGAAAGGACACGGCUGUAUGUUUGAAAUUUUGCUUGUCCUAUCUUUGCCAGCGUGUGGAUGUCUCUCUUCAUGUGAAAUAGUUUGACAGUUUGUCCUUUUGCUUAACGUCUGUGGUUUUUCUAACUGGUGGUCUUACUGCGGUAGUCAGGGAACCCCCCUACAUUGGUAUCCUAAGGGGGAGGGGGAUACUCACUGAAGCAGAAAACAUAGUAAGGUAAAUAUAGAGAAGAAGAAGAAGAAGAAGAAGAAGAAGAAGAAGAAGAAGAAGAAGAAGAAGAAGAAGAAGAAAAGGAAGAGAAGAACAGAACAGAGAGAAGUGGACAAGGAUCAAUAUAAAAACAUAUAAUUUGUUAUCAGGGACUGGAACUGCUUGGAAUUCUUAAAGCGGAAAGAGUGAAAGCAAGAGAGCAAGAGCAGGAGAGAGAGAGAGAGAGAGAGAGAGAGAGAGAGAGAAUCACAGUAAGUCACACAUGAGCUAUGCUGAACGCAGCAUGUGCCACUCUACAGACUCUGUCACUUUAUGAGGACGACAGUAUUCUCUGAGCUCGGGAAGCUCCAGGACAUUCCACUCUGUAUCUCCAUACACACAGAAGAACGCAGCACAGAUGAAACAGGACAUCACUGUCUUCUUUAAAACCUGCAGGCUCUGAAUCAGCAUCUGUAAGUUCCAGCUCGGACCUUGUGAAGUUUUUGCUACUCGGUCUUCUUCUCCCUCGUUCUGCUCCUGUUCAGGGAUUUAACCAGUUCACUUCUAGCCAUGCAGGUGUCCUUUGCAUGCACCGAUCAUGGGCUAAAGGCACCACGGAACAAUGAGCCAACCAAGCAAAACACAGCGAGUCCGAACACAACAAGUGCAGCCCGGGCUCGGUUCCGCACAGUGGCGCUAAUUGCUCGCAGCCUUGGAUCCUUCACACACCGCCACCACAUCUCACUGAAAGAGUCCACAGGCAAACUCACUGGCAUGAAAUACAGGAAUCUUGGAAAAUCCGGAUUGCGAGUAUCAUGUUUGGGACUUGGAACAUGGGUGACAUUUGGGGGUCAGAUUUCCGAUGAGGUAGCAGAGCAGCUAAUGACUAUCGCCUAUGAGAGUGGAGUAAACCUCUUUGACACAGCUGAAGUUUACUCAGCCGGGAAAGCUGAAAUCAUACUUGGAAAUAUCAUCAAGAAGAAAUGCUGGAGGAGGUCAAGUCUAGUGAUCACUACCAAGCUUUACUGGGGAGGAAAAGCAGAAACAGAAAGAGGUCUCUCAAGGAAGCACAUUAUUGAAGGUCUGAGAGGGUCUUUACAGAGGUUACAGUUAGAAUAUGUGGACGUCGUCUUUGCCAAUCGCCCUGAUAACAACACUCCUAUGGAGGAGAUCGUGAGGGCAAUGACUCAUGCUAUAAACCAGGGAAUGGCCAUGUACUGGGGGACAUCACGCUGGACAGCUAUGGAGAUAAUGGAGGCAUACUCUGUGGCAAGGCAGUUCAACCUGAUCCCUCCAGUGUGUGAGCAGGCCGAGUAUCACUUCUUCCAGAGAGACAAAGUGGAAGUGCAGAUGCCGGAGCUGUAUCAUAAAAUAGGUGUGGGUGUGGUGUCCUGGUCUCCUCUGGCCUGUGGAAUCAUCACAGGAAAGUAUGAAAAUGGUGUCCCAGAAUCCUCUAGGGCAGCAAUGAAGUCAUACCAGUGGCUGAAGGAUAAGAUAGUGAGUGAGGAUGGACGAAAACAACAGGCUAAGCUGAAGGAGCUGAGUCACAUUGCAGAAAAGCUUAGCUGUACACUACCGCAACUUGCCGUGGCUUGGUGCUUACGGAAUGAGGGUGUGAGUUCAGUUCUGCUGGGAAGCUCCAAUCCUGCACAACUCACAGAAAACCUAGGUGCAAUACAGGUGCUUCCAAAGAUUACACCUCACAUUGCCUCAGAGAUUGACAAAAUUCUGGGCAACAGACCCCACAGUAAGAAAGACUAUCACCACUGAGGGAUUCUGGGAUUGAAAAGGAUAUGUGUCAUUCCUGAUCUGUCAGUGUGUCUCCCACUGUUAUGUGGGAUUACUGUAGACCAUUGCUGUUAUAUCCUCAUAAUGGCAGUAUAUUCUGCCCAUACUGUUUCAGUGUGUCUUGAGUCAGUCAAAAGAGCCAUGCAUGCUUAAGUGUGUUAAUGGUCAAUCAUCCCUCGUCCCCCGAGUCUGUUUGAAUCAUCAUGUCUGAUGAUAAAAAGUUAAGCUUUAAUUAAUUGUACUUUGAUAAGGGACGCUGCAGAUAUAUUGGAUAAAGAUGCCUGUAUGAAUACACAAUGUGAUUCUGAUAUACUGUACAAGUUGAAACAGCAUAGAAAUGAUGUACAAAUACUGUGCUUUCCAAACUGUGUGGCAUUUUCCUCUAAAAAUCUAAAUACCAAUUUCCAUACCAGUGUAUGCCUGUUGUCUAUUCACGGUUGUGCUGUGUUCUGUUUUUACCACAAAUCUUUAUGUACCUAUUCAAGAGAAUCUGAUAUUCUGCUGCUGGAUUUUACAGUUAAAAUUCAGACAUCGUUUUGUGUUUUAUUUAAUAGCUUUGUUUGUAAAUGGCAGCGAUCAUGCUGGUGUCGUUGCUUGUGUUUAAGCUGCUCCUGCAGAUUUCAGAUUUGGAGAGAAAUGUAGUAUGAUGCAUAGCAUAAUACUAUUUAUUUAAAUCUGACUGUUCCAAUGAAAUGGUCAAACUGUUUACAGAUUUGUCAUAUAGGCUAUAAAGUACCCUAAUUGUUCAGUUUGCUUUUAGAAAUGAAAUAAAAAGCUCCUCUACAAA